UAGAAUUAAGAAUUGCGAAGAAAACAAAAAACAUUUCCAUUAAAACAAUUAUUGUUCGCUUGCUUCCGGAUUCCAGUAUUGGAGAAAAAUCCCUUUUUUUUUCCAAAACAUCAAGGCGCUCAUCAAAACAAUUAUCUUCGACUCGUUUCUUUAUUUUUUAGGACCAAGCCUAGGGUUUUACGUUUUAGUAUUUUGUUAUUUCGAAAGAUGAGAGAUCAGGAUCAGCAAUCAAGGGUUUUUUACGAGCUCUGUGCUCUGAUUCUCAACAUCCUUAGAUCUGCUCCGUUUCCGUUCUCUCAUUCUUCUCCUUCCUCUGCCAUGGCGCCGGCAGCUUCGCCGACGACGGCGCAGGUCUCGCCAGCAAGUUUUGCUUCUCUUCUUCUCGGGGUUUCUAUUGCUUUGAUGCUUUGCGGCUCGGUUACAUUUUUUAUUGGAUUCAUAUUGAUGCCUUGGGUUCUAGGGCUACUGAUGGUUUUCAACCUAAUUGGGUUCGUAUCGAAUCUCUCGGGAUUGGGUCGAGCGAUUCUCUGUCCUGCCCCUUCAUCGUCCUCGUCAAGGAAGGAGAUGCCUGCGUGGAAUUGCUUGUGAACAUGAAGUAUGCUAAGUUGCCAACUGAAGAUGGGAAAUGGCUUCUGUUUCUAUGUGAUCCCGUCGGAGGAACCCCAGUAUGUAAAAAGUUACAUAUAUAUUCUCUCAUAUAUGCUUUGCCCUGAUCUUUGCAUCAAACACGCAAAAUUGAACUUCUCCAAGCUUCGUUGAACUUGAAUGUUGAUGCCAACGCAGUGAUGUUUCCAUUGUCGUGCAUUGCUUGCCGCUACAGCUACACUACUGUGAGGGAUUCCUAUUUCCUAGUAUAGUUCAUAACUUAAAUAAAAAAAAAAAAAAAUCUAUAAUAGGUUUUCUAGUUGUUCCCCUUUCUUAUGAAGAACAUUUGGAUCUUCACUGCAUUGAAACUCGUACAAACUUUUUUAUAAGCAAUAAAGUUGGAAACAGCAAACGUCACUCCUGUCCAA